GGGUAGCGCAUCGGACACUGGUAGUUGGCGACAUCCAUGUCGUCAUUCGUUCAUCAGGCCAAGCGCCGAUAGCCACGCAGAGAUCCGUCACAUUCAAUUAAGCUACUACCUUAAGCACGAUCCCUGGAUCGCGCUUGCCUCGCCCUACGUCUAUGACAUCACGUUUUGUCACUCAACUCCAGCUUGUUUUCAAGUUUACCUACUUAACACAAGCAAAAAACACCAUUGUGCGCCGCGCUUCAGUACGCACCAAUCAUGGCAUCCGGACACGACGAUUCGGGUAAGCGAGACUCCCCCACCGGGGGGAAGGAGGUGCCCGAGGCCAAGGUGAUGAAGCAAACCAGCAUCGGGGAGAGUAUGGGCAUAGACACGGAUCCAGAAGGAGACUCGGAUGGGCCUGAGGAGACACGCGAUCAAAACACGCAUAACCUACGCUCUAGGCGGAGAGCGUCGCCCAGGCCUGCGGAGAACGAGGAAGAAGAUGCCAAACCCGAAAGCAAGGACAAGAAGGCUAGUAACAAGAAGGUGAAGAAGGAAGACCGGUCCCACGGUGAUGGCAAGUCGGCUGUCAACUCACACGGCGAACCCGACACUCCAUCCUCUAUCCUCGAAAAGGGCAUCAUCUACUUCUUCAUCCGCGGGCGAGUCAACGUCGAGAGCCCCACGUCCGUCGAGGAUAUUGCGCGGAGCUUCAUGCUCCUGCGUCCCCUGCCUCACGACGCGAAGCUCACAGAGGGCAAAAUUGGCGACGCAGGCAACAUCCGCAUCGUCGUCCUGCCGAAAAAGGUCUUCCCCAAGAGCGGAAGAGACCGGUUCCUCUCCUUUGUGGAGAAGACUGGCACUUCCUUUGACGAGAUCAAGAAUGAGUUCCUGGAGGGCGCCAAUUACGACACCAAGACUGCGGGAAAGAGACACACGCCCGCUGCGACGCCUGCCGCGGAAGGCGUCUAUGCCAUCACAUCGACGGGACGCGAGAGUCAUCUUGCGUAUAUACUGACGCUGCCGGAGGAGCUGGGUGAGUUCCAGAAGGAUCUCGGAUUGAAGAGUCAGGGAAGCUUCAUCAUCAGCACCAGAAAUCCAGAGACAAGCCCCCCGGCAGGCGCGCAGAUACCGGAGGGUCCAGAGUUUCCCAAGGAAGUUCAGGAAGAGUUCCGUAAUUUGCGCUGGCUGCCCACGCAACCCAAGCACUUUGACUACGUCAAUGCUCAGGUUCUGCUUAUUGGCGAGACUAGCGGGAUCCAAAAGGCCACGGAGCCUCAGAAGGAAGACCAGAAGCACCACAAGGAGGAGCCGCUGGAGGCACUGGAGCAUUUGGAGGAGGAGGACUUGAAUCGGAUGAAGGGCUUGCCGGGCGAUCAGUCUUCGUCCAUUUUUGCGGACUUGGAGGCGAGGGCUAAGGAUUAUCCAAAGCUGCAGACGACUUUUUAAUGAUGCUAUGAUAGGGUAGUGGAAGUCGGCAAACGAGGGUUGUCGCCAACGUUGUAAGCAAAAGUUGUUCAAAGUCUUUGGACAGCAGGGAACCUGAACGCACGCCUGUGUCACUACGUGCGACUUGACCUUCUGCGUGGUGUGGUUGAGCAUCUUUUGGACCCUAGCCGAUCUACACCUGGAACGUGAUGAGACUGCUUCACAGACAGUUUCAACGUGGUGCCGAAUAGACCGCAAGGUUUCACACUGCCUCUGGGUCAGAGCUCGCAGACUCUACUUCAUUUUACAGUCCCAGAAUGACCCACAAUGCCGCGCGAAGCCUGUCCGUGAAAACAAUAC